UCAGUUGAAGUUUGUGAUUGAGAUUGAAAAAUACGGUAAUUCUCCCCUUCAGGCUUAUGAACAAUAAGCCAAAAUUGUAUAUUGCCAUUUAGUUAAAAGUAUACAAAAGUUUAUCUUAAUUAAUCGUUGAUUGGCAAGAUGAGUAUCCCAAACAGCGGCCAGACAAUUUGCAUAGUCCGUUGUGGCGUCUGCUUGGAGAAUUAUACAACGAGCGAUGCAAUAUUCACUGGCCAAUGUGGGCACUUGUUCCACAAGAUGUGCCUGGAUCAAUGGCACACGCAGACAAAAACAUGCCCAAUUUGCCGCAAGCAAAACCAAAGCUACUUUCAAAUCUAUUUGGAAGCUUCUCCAAACGAUCAAAAUGAAAAUAAUCAGUCACACAUAGAUGAUGAUGUUGAUGAUAGCAAUGUGUCUCAUAUUGGCAUUGUUAAAGGCGCUAGUGAUGUUGAAGACGACGAUGAUGAUGAGGAUGAUAUCUACUACGAUGAUGAGAAUGAGGAUUUUGGUGAUGAUUACUUUGAUUAUGAGAAUGAAGACUACGGCUUUGACAUCGACGAUACGGAUGAUGACGACGAAGACGCAUAUGCUGCAUAAUUUACUUAGCUGCACCGAUACAAUCGAGUUUGAUAGGCGAUCGAUAUGUGUGUGUAGAUUUAACAUAGCAGCAAAGUACUUCAAGUAGCUAAUCAAAUUACACUGCAUUUACAUACUAUAUGUAUAUAGUACAUUUUUCAUUUCACAUACUAUUUCAUAAUCGUAAACAUAACUAUUUAUCGUUGCCCACACAAGUAGAAUUAAUCAGUCUUUACAUUUCUAAGCGACUCAUCAGUGCAGUUUGCAUUAAGCUAACGUUAACAGCUGCUAUUAAAUUGAUAGCCUGCAUUUAAAAGACAUGCUGUGUUAGCUGUACCAGAGACAUACAUAUAGUACAUAUAUUACUACAAAUAAUAAAAGACACAACUCCCUCACCUUCAAGCCGGAAGCGGAGCUAUAGCCAAAGCCAAGGCCAAAGACAGAGUCAAGGUCUGAACCAAGUUCCUAGCAGCCACAAUCGAAAGCAGAGCCAAAGGCAAUCUCAUCGCAUAGACACGAUGAUUAUGACUAUCAUGAUGAUGACGAUGGUGACUAUGAUUUUGGUUCUGAUUUCGAUAUCGACGAUAUGGAUGAUAACAACGAAGAGUACUUUAAUCUUUCUUUUUUUCGAUUUGUAACAGUUUAGAAAUGAAUAAUAAAAGAUACAAAGCCCAUUUUGAUAGUGGUUCUUAGUGGUUUCUUCUCAAUCGGGAAGAACAUAUCUAAGCUGUAAGGUUCAAGUCCGAUCAAUCUCAAAACAAAAACUUGUAAUCAACAAACAAACUUUUUGAAUUUGGGUCUAUAUACAGGGUAGACUUUUAUUUAUUUGGAGGCAUGUAUAUUUUAAAUUUAAAUUAAGACUAUAAUAUAACUAUUUUGUGUAAAUAGCUAACAACUAGUCUAGCUUACGUACUACAACAGGGAAAACUCUGGGGGAAGCAGACAAAAUAAAAAAUAUGUAUAUACUAAAAAGGAUUGACUUACGGAUGAGGGAACGAGACUUCAUUUGUAAUACUUGGCAGACAUCAUACAUAUAUAUAUAUGAGAAAUAAAUAUCGAGCAUAUGUGUGAGUGUGUUUGUGGGUGUGUGUAUGCUUCCGCUUUUCAAUAAUAAUAUUAUUAUGAAUGUUUAAUGUUAAUAAAAAAAAAAAUAUAAAAAAA